UUCUUCACUGUUUCCGUGUCUCCAAUUUUUGACUGACAAUUAAUAUAUCUACAAAUCAAGGACACAAGGGACAGAGAAAUAGAGGGAGGAGAAAAAACCCAUCGAGAAUUUCACUUUUCUUUCGUUUUUCAGCGUUUAUUUAUUGACCCAAAGAUCAAGACUUGCAGAACGGGCAAGAAAAUCACAUCCCAUAACCUGUUUGGCAAUUUUCCACAGGUAGGGGAUGUGUUUUCUUUCCUUAUUGGAGGUCCAAAGGUUGAUAUAAGCUUUGAGAAAAACCUAUUUGUUUAUUUUGCCGGAUUAUUGCUUGUAAAUGCAACUUUGUAGAUCAGUUGCAUCUUGGAUAUCCCGUAUCUUGGCUUGCAUGGGAAGUUGUCUUGGAUGCUGUAUGAAAUCUCCCCAUGUUGUUUCAGCGGAUAGGCCAUCCAAGAGACUGAAAGUUCCAAGCCAACGGUUGAGGAAAGCUAAUUUAAGAGACGACUUUUGGAGCAGUAGUGCGGGCGAGAUGGAGAAUAGCACAUUUCCUUCGCAGAGAAGUAUCACAUCAAUUAGCACUUCAAAUCCACCCCUUGAUCCUCACAGUAACUCUGGCACCACGAACAACACUUCAGAAUUUGUAAAUCAUGGUCUACUUCUUUGGAAUCAAACAAGGCAACAGUGGUGUGGAAGUAAAACAUCACAGAAGCGUGCUUCAGUUCGAGAACCCAAAUUAGGUUUUGAUACAAGUUACGAAACUUUACUAGGGACCAAUAAGCGUUUCCCUCAACCAAUUCCUCUGUCGGAAAUGGUAGACUUUCUUGUCGAUGUCUGGGAACAAGAGGGGCUUUAUGAUUAAACAGCUGCAUAUUCAUCAUUCUCAACCGGCUGGAUUUGUGUUUUGCAAGUUUUGAAGAAGCCAGAAUCCAAAAACAAAUUCAAACAGCCAUGUGUAAUUACAGCAUCUGUGUUGAGAAGAAAAACGCAACUUUUGUUACCAAAUGUGCCCCCAUUUCGACAUGUUAUCAUCUAAAAAAAAGUCCCUUUUCGGCUAAUUUAUAGAUAUUAGUCAGGGUAAAGGUCAAGCACAAUGAGCGUUGGCUGAUUUAGAUACAUUGAAGGGUAGAGAAUUGAAUCUCUAUUCAUAAAUAUAAAGUGUUUUUAUAGAUGCUUGUACCUCAUUAUUUCUUUAUUGUUUCAUCUAGUGAGGCCUGUGAGUACAUCCUCA